UCACUCAAUCAUCAUCAUCAUCAUCAUCGCACACACACUCCCAUACCCCAACACUUUUUUUUUCUCCCCCCGUUCACACCGUUCACAGCGCUUCGUUCGAGAAGGGCACUUAUUGGCUACGUCCCAGGUGGCCUGUUAUAUCACCGCUCCAAAGCUUUUUUUUUGCUUUCAGACAACACCAUCUGGGGCCCGGCAAACUUGAAGAAUCUUUGUUUGACACUUUGAACGAUCCCAAGACCUGUCUCCCCGCUGACGUCCCACUACCAGCCCUAGAUGACUCCAACCCUUACGCCUGUCGAUCCCCCACCUCAAGAACCGAAAGCGCAAUCUGGCCUCGCAAACGUGUUUCGAAAUCUAGGUCUCAGGAAUCGCUCAGGCUUCUCGAUCCCGUCCACCCCCGUAACACCGUCCUCCAGCAAUGCCAACCGCUCCGCGUCCCAAUUCGAGUACUUCGCCGAGCCUUCGGAGGAGAAAGGGCAGGGGGAGCUGUUGGACCGGCUACGUAAGGAUAAACCGCUGCAGGACCGAGUGGUGGCUGCCGAGCUCGUGAGGACCUCCGUUACGGACUUGCCUUCACCCAUUGUUAGCGAGAUAUGGCACAUUGCGCAGGAUCUGGUGGAAGACGAUAACUCCGUGGAGGCUCGUCAGGCGGGCUUCAAACUCAUGACGGCAUGCCUGAAGGCUCUAAACGACCCCUCCGCACUCGAUCGGCUACGGUACUAUCGUACCAUUGCCCUGCAUGAGAGGAUCGAAGAUUUCGACGAUCAGUUGCAAGCGAUGCUGGUGCUCACCUCCGGCGGCCGGAACCUGGCGUCGUUCGAGAGGGAGAUUGGGGGCUUGCUCUCAAAGUGGCUAAAAGUUUUAUUUCAGGAGGCCGGCAGAGCCCGUAAGCUCCGCCAGCGGGAAGGAGGUUCGACGGAUACGAUAUCUGGGGCCGAAUUCUGCUUGAAGGAAUUAUUCAAGUUUGUGACGGACAUAAUCAAGUUCAACUUUCAGACCUUUGAAGAACGCGAAAUCAGCCAAUUGUUGUCAGACAUAUUGUUCAUCUCAAGAAAAACAACCAACAAGAAGGACAUUGAGUGUGCCAUCGCCUUUAUCGAGACGCUGAUCACGUACGGUUACAUCCCGCCCGAUUCGCUUCGCCCGUGCAUUGAGAUCUUGUGCGGCACGUAUUCUACCAUCCGCGACCUCGCCGAUGACACCUGGAACGCAGUGAGCAACCUGUGCAAGAGCCACAUGGCGCACAAGUGUGUCCUCACUUUGCUGGAAAUUUCCCGGAAGUCCAAGAGAAGCAGUUCUGCACCUAAUAUGAACACUCUCCGUGGUGCAAUCUGGUUUUUGGAGAAGCUCCUCUUGGAGAACGGAGAGAAUGGCUUGCCGAAGCUUCAGGUUUCGAUCGUCAUGGUGGCCUUCAGGGAUGCGCUUUCGAGAGACAUUCCACGCUUGGAUAUGAGCAUAUGCGGGGCAAUUGGGCGUGUUCUGGCUAGGCGCGACAUCGUUUCACAGAUCUCGUUUGAUGAGUGGGCGAUUCCUCUCGAAGUAUUGGUACACGUCUCCCGGCGCACCACCGAGCGUGCGGACGGAGUCUCCCUCGUACGGCUGGGCAUCCCGAACGUCCCCAAGGCGAAACAACAAGACAAGGAAGUCAACACCGCCAUCUCGCAGACGCUUUUCACCAUCAUAAAUCAAUUGGAAGAGGCGUGCCGGCAGCCUGACUUCACCCAAGUGGAAGGAGUGGUGCAGUUUUUUCUUGACGUUUACGGUCACAUUCCGGACUCUGCGGCGGAAUUCGUCCUCAAUUACUAUGCGUCGGAGCACCUCUGUUACCCUUCGUGUGCAGAGUGGUUGGAGAACUCGCGUCGCCUGGUGGACGUCUUUUUCCGGACAAGAAAACGGCCUUCGGAAUUGCGCGUCCAAGUACUCUCCCUUAUCACAGAUGUAUAUGAAACGAUCCGAGGAGUUUGCGAAGAAUCGCUCCUCCAUAAGCUAGUUUUCGUAGCUUUCAAUGACUUCCGGACCGAAACCGAUCCGCGGGUACUCGAGGUGCUGGUCAAGAUCAUUGUAGACGUGGCUGCCGAUAGCAAUCUCGAAAUGUUCCAUCAGCUGGCGCGCAUUCUCAUCGAAUACUUGCGACUAGACCAAAACUCUGGCCUUUCACCCGGUGGUGUGCUUUCCGAUAUCGAUCGCUCGUCUGUGCGGCCAUCGUUGGGUGGUUCUCAUCACUCCCAUGGCUCGCUCGUCAACAUCGUCGUCCGCGGUUUGGUCAAGUUGUUUAUCCGCAACAUGAACACGGACGCAUUGAAGGCUGUGCCGGUGUAUGAAGAGCUGGUCAAAAUCGCUGGGUCCGCGGAUUGCGAGGAUGACGCCAGGUUGACCGCAAUGAAGUUGCUAUUCCGCCUACGCGCCGACUCCGAGAACCGUGUUUUCCUAACGGAUAGCACCGAGUCGGACUACCUGGCCGGGGUUCUUAAUAGGAUUCACGAAGCCAUGGAGCCGCUUUCGGCCCUCUCCAGCCCCAAAGACGACGAUACCUCUUCUUCAUCCCGUUCGAAUCGGAGCAAUUCGGUAUCCCAGACACUUUCGCUUCGGCAUUCGAGCAGCAGGGGCCUGUCGGAACGGCACGAUAAGAAUAAGCGGCGCGCCCCCUUGUGGAGUUAUCCGGAGACACGGCCUCUGCCAGACAAGGCGGAGCGGGUCGCAAGUCCGGUUCUGCAGACUUUCUACGACCCGAGCUCGGACUCUCCUCCGCAAGAAGGACCAACUUUGGACCCGAAGAUCUGCAUGAGGGUUGCCCGUUGGUUGGAGCAGGUCAUUCCCAUCGUCCAACAAGGAUGCGACUGGGAGAUCUACAGCUAUGUUCUGUGCCAUCUUCCUUCGCAAUUGGCCAAUAAGACCAUGUUUAGGAACUGCAAGGCUCAUGUCACAUUCCUCCGGAACUUGGUCUGCGAUCAGCUUCACACGAACCGACUUCCCGACACGGAUCUCCCAUCCGACGUUAAGAGGGCGGAUAUUGCAGUGUCUCUGAUCCAUCUUCUCACAGUGCUCAUCAGCUACCGCCAGCACUUUGCGAAGAACGAAACUGAAGGGAUCGUGAAGGCAUUCCAGCUCGGGCUUCAUUCGUGGAACAGGACCGCUAAGCCUUGCAUUCACGCUCUGGCUCUAUGCUGCUACGAAUUGCCCGGCUCGACCAGCAAGUUUCUCUCUGGAAUCCUAACCAAAUUGUCACAAAUCAUCACGUCACCGGUGGUGAGCGUGCAUAUCCUUGAAUUCCUGUCUGCGCUCGCAAAGUUACCUUCGCUCUACAGCAAUUUCACCGAACCGGACUUUCGGAAUAUCUUUGGUAUCGCAUUUCGGUACAUUCAACACGCCAAGGAGACUGCGACCCAACGAUCUAGCUUCCACGCUCGGGCAGCCUCCCGUGAAACACACGACCAGCUGCCGGCGGAACAGUCAGAUCUCCCGCAAUAUGUUCUGACGCUUGCCUACAACGUGCUUACGACAUGGUUCCUCUCUUUACGACUAUCCGAGAGACCGAAAUAUGUUUCGUGGAUCGUGCGGGGCCUGGUCCUUCACGAUCAUUCGAAUCAUUUGGACGAGCAGAGCGAGGCGUGCAUCGAUAUGCUGCAACGGUUCACGUAUUCUAAGCGAGACCUCAAGCCGCCGAACAAGUUGAAGAGCCCUGGCAUCGUGACCAAGAACUGGGUGAAUGGAAUGACUAUUCUUUCCAUCCAGAUGCAACCCGAGUCUGGGAUGUCGAGGAUCACAAUACGAAGACCGGCGGGAACGUCUUAUUACUCUCUGAAACCAGACUCUCCGGAUGCGAGGAACGCAUUGUUGCAACAUGUCGAUGUUGACGACGAUCUGAAGGAAAACGAGCCUGACGAGUUUGAUGCCACGAAAUUGCUACCUAGUCACCUGCUGCUGCAGUUCGCGGGAGGCACCGCUCUCACAGAACAAAGGCCGAUUUUGCUUCCCGACGACGACAAAACUACCCGUGCGAUUGAAGUGUUUGAUCGGAUACCUAUCGUGGAUUUCCACAAGAUUGGUGUCAUUUAUGUCGGCGCCGGGCAAACCGAUGAGAAGGAGAUAUUGGCGAACGCCAUGGGCUCGCCUGACUACACCGACUUUGUGGAUGGAUUGGGCGAUUUGGUGAAGCUAAAGGGUACUGACCUGAACACUGGAGGCCUGGACCGCGAGGAGGAUUUCGACGGCGAAUUCGCAUACUUUUGGCGCGAUCGCACCACGGAGAUCGUUUUCCAUAUCACCACGAUGAUGCCCACACGUGUAGAAGAUGUCUUCUGCACCGGCAAGAAACGGCACAUCGGCAACGAUUUCGUAAAUAUCAUUUUUAACAAUUCGGGUCUUCCAUGGCGCUUCGGCACGAUUCCGAGCCAGUUCAACUUCGUCAGCAUCGUUAUCUCGCCAGAAGCACGGUCCGGCUUCGUGUCAUCGAGGCUCUCGACUGGUAGGCUGGGGGAUGCGUUCUAUCGAGUCCAAGUGUGCUGCAGAGAUGGAUUCACGGAUAUCUCGCCUGCGCAGGAACCAAAGAUGGUCUCCGCCAAGAGCCUUGCCUCCUUCGUCCGGAAUAUCGCUCUUAAUGCAAGCGUGUAUUCUCAUGUCUUUAACGAGGGAGGACGCGAGCACAUCUCGAAUCCGCGCCACCGGCUCCGCAGCAUCAAGCUGCUGCGCGAGCGCGUUGGUGCCCCGCCAAACAUGUUUGGAUCCUUCGCCAGGGCCGCCAGUCCUAUGCGCCAGACUAGCGCCACCAACCGCAGGGUCUCCGCCAUGAGCACGCAGACGGUGUCGACGGAACACUCCCUCCGCAGCGCGACUACGCUCAACGGCGAUAUUGAUAAGGACUCGGAGACGGAGGACUUGCUGAUGAAUCUUGAUUUCAGUCGGUACACUUAAUUGGUCUGGUAUCGUAUGGUUUGGGGAGGGGUGAGAUAUCCUAUUCGAGACACAUACACAUUAUACUUCUUCUUCUUCUUGUCCUUCUUGUCCCUUCUUGUCCCUUCUUGUGAUUGUUUCAACAUUCUGUAACAUUUCAUGCGUGUGU